GUAACGAACGCAGCCCUGGUUCAGGAUAGCUAAAGGAACCAGAGUGCCUAGCUAGCAGUAUUUGAGGAGACCAAACAGUCAUACUUUUAUCUACAUAGCUAGUGCCCGUGAAUAUUUCAAUAUGUCAUGUUAGAUUCUUAUUAUUGAGUUUGACUGAAACAGAAGUUCGAUACUGAAAUUUAAGCCACGGCAAGUUAGCUAACGCUGCUAGCUAGUAGUAGUGUCAACAAACUGCAAGUGACUUUACGUUAACGGGUUCAAGUAACCCUGCCCAAAAGCGCGAUGCUGGUAACCGUUUUCUGCUGCCCUAAUGACCGUUCGGAAAUUACAUUUGCUCUCGAUGUGUCUCCAGAGCUUGAACUCAGAGAUUUUGUUGCUCUGUGUGAACUAGAAUCAGGAAUCCCUGCUGGUGAAAUUCAGAUCACAUAUGCAGAGCAGCCCCUGAAAGACCUGACCCGUGCUUUAGGGACCUAUGGUCUGAAGGAUGGGGAUGUGGUGGUGCUCAGACAGGUAGAAAGACGGCAACCGCCAGCACAACAAGUAUUCCCAGGACUGCCCCGUAUUGACUUCAGUUCCAUCGCAGUCCCCGGCACCUCUUCUGGUUCCAGUCAACGGUCCACCCAUAGACAGCAGCAACAGGCCCCGACCCCACAGCAGCAGCGCCCUCCACCCCCUGCUGCGCCCCCAUCCCUACUGGGCUCCACCACCUCUCCUCAGGGUCUGGAUGACCCUGCCUUACUGCAGCAGAUGCUCUUAGCCAAUCCACACGAACUGUCGCUGCUCAAGGAGCGCAAUCCGCCAUUGGCUGAGGCCCUGUUGAGUGGAGACCUGGAGCGUUUCACCAAAGUGCUGUUGGAGCAGCAGCAGGAUCGAGCUCGCAGAGAGCAGGAGAGGAUCCGGCUUCUGACUGCCGACCCAUUUGACAUGGAUGCCCAGGCCAAGAUAGAAGAGGACAUCAGGCAGCACAACGUUGAGGAGAACAUGACCAUUGCGAUGGAGGAGGCCCCAGAGAGCUUUGGCCAGGUGGUUAUGCUCUACAUCGACUGUAUAGUCAACGGGUACCAUGUGAAGGCUUUUGUUGACUCAGGUGCCCAGAUGACCAUCAUGAGUCAGGCGUGUGCCAAGCGCUGUAACAUCAUGCGCCUGGUGGACCGACGCUGGGCCGGCAUCGCCAAGGGAGUGGGCACUCAGAAGAUCAUUGGCAGAGUCCACUUGGCUCAGGUCCAGAUAGAAGGGGACUUCCUGCCUUGCUCCUUCUCCAUCCUGGAGGACCAGCCUAUGGACAUGCUGCUUGGACUGGACAUGCUCAAGAGACAUCAGUGUUCUAUUGACCUGAAGAAGAACACGCUACUGAUCGGGACGACGGGCACUGAGACCCGCUUCCUGCCCGAGGCGGAGCUGCCAGAGUGUGCCCGACUGGCAUACGGGCCGGAGGGCCGUGAGGACUCCCAGCCAGACGAGAUCGCAGACAGAGAGCUUGCGGAGGCACUUCAGAGAUCUGUUCAGGAGAGUGACACUGCAGAUGGACAAACUACCUCACCGGAGUCCCCACCAUUCGCAACGCCCCAACCCCUGAACAACAUGCCCCUGUUCCCUUCCCCCGGCCUUGUCCUGGACCGCUCCCAGUCUGCUCCAGCCUACAUGCGCCAGGCUGGGGCCCUAACACCAGGACAGAGCCAGAGCCAAACAGGGCCUGGCUUCCAGGGUCUCCCCAUCCCUGGACCCUCAACCCAGGCCCAGAACACAGCCCAACAGUCUCCUCUCUCAGCACCAAGCCCUACCAACCCCACCCAACCCCUCCUAUCCACCAUCCCCACUCCACCGGCUCAGGAUCUGUCCACAUGCUCUCCUCCUGCAGACAAGAUGGUGACUGGGACUCCCACCUUGGAAGGUUCAGCCAGUCCGAUCCCUUCAGCCACAGAGAUUGGGCGUGCCUCUGAGAAGGCAGAGAACAGCUCCCUGUUCCCCCACCCAGAGGAAAGCCUUCCCACUCAGCCCAUGGAGCAGGAGGAGGACAUGUCAGACACCAUUACAGAUCACCGGACCUGUCCGAGUAUCCCAAGUCAGCAGAGUGAAGAGGGGGAAGGGGUCUCCCAAUAUCCCCACCAGCCCAUCUCUAAUCCCCCAUCAUUCACCCUAGAACCCUGUCCUUUUGGAUCCACCUCUACAGAGAUGGAGUCUCCACAUGCCUCCUCCCAGAACACUGUGCCAUCAGAGAGGGACCAGCCAGAGGGGAAGCGCUGUUCCUACUCAGACCAGAUCCCAUCUCUGGCCCAGGCCCUGCUGGAGCUCCAUGAGCUGCUGGUGUCUAACAGCAGUGGCCUGUCCCCUCAGGACGGCAGUGCCUCCUCCUCCCCCUCACACAGACAGAACGCUGACGGACUGGACGACAACUACAACCCCACCGCAGAGCCCCGACUCCUUACACCUGAAAACACCACCCAACCCUCCCCCUCUACUGCCAUUACAGCUGAUGCAGAACCAUGCAAUGCCAAAGCCAACCAUGCUGCUGCUGUGUCUGACAGAGGGCCUCCUCCUGACUGUGUCCUGCCAGGCUCCUCUGACCAGGAGCAGAGCCUGGAGACCAGGAACGGGACCCAGGCUGAACCAGGAGAGGGACAGAGGGAGCCAGAACCACAGUGUUCAAACAGCUCCUGGGGGGAAAGGAGGGCAGACUGGUAUGGGCUAGAUACCAGUAAAAGCAAAGGGACUGUAUCUGAGGCCAAAGGCCCCUCUCCCUCUUCACUCCAAGCAGACCUGGCGUUCAGGGAGCCCCCUGAGGGGCAGCAGGGGAGGGGUGUGGCAGACGGGAGAGCCUCUGGCAAUGACAACCCAAGCACUCUCGGCCUCCAACCUGAGACAACACAGCAGAGCCCCCUGUCCAUGGCUGUGGGCUCACCUGGGGAGGACGCUGGCGUUUCGCCCCGCACUUCACCUCUUCCUCAGGCCCCGGACCACCACCACCACCAUCCCUCCUCUCCAGCCCCUCUCUUCUCUGCUCCACGUCUCUUUACCGAUGAUCACAUCCAAAGGAUCCAGGCAGCUGGCUUCUCUGCCAGGGAGGCUGCUGAGGCACUGGAACAGGCCCAGGGCAGUGUGGAGCUGGCUCUGCUGGCACUACUGGCCCGCAAGAUCACUGUGCCCACCUAGACACUCACAACAUUACAAUCAUGGAAGAGUCCCAGCCUCUCUUGUCAACAUCUGUUUGAUUUGUUCUCUUGUCUUAUUGUUGAUGGUGACAUCUGAAUCCCCCUGGCCUUGCAGCUACUACAUGCUAAAGGGGAAAUGCUGUCUGUCUCUUGGUUUCCAACAGACCAUACAACCAACUGUUAUUUGUUCCUGGAUUUAGCCGAUAUGAUCUGAGUUGUGUGCAUGCAGCAGGUGCUUCAGAAGGAGCCUGUUUUUAUGGAUUUCAUAGAUGAGAUUUAGUAGAUUGAUUUCCUUCAUCCCCCCCUUAACUCCGUAUACAGAGAUUGCAUUUUAAACACUAUUGAAUUGCCCCAUUGAUGAGAAUUUAGGUAAAUGUUUAUAUUUGUGUGUGAAAUGGCAUUUUAUAAAGGGCUGAAGAUUAGUUAGAAUGUCAGAUUUGUGAGGAGUAUUAUUGAUCUGCAAAAUAAUUAAUUGGUUUUAGAUUGUUUGAUUUUAACUCAUUACCGAUUCAGCUAAUAAAACCCACCAGACCGUCAAUUUAUUGCACUGUGGAAAUGGCUCCA